AUGGCUUCCAAAACCUGUGGAAGCUGCCUACGUGCGAUUCAAAGACAAUCUCGAACAAUUCCCCAGGUCAGAUCUUCAAAUGUCGAGCAUCGAUCAGAGUUAACUCUAUUUCAGAUUAGGAAGGCUACUUUUCCUACAGUCAGAACGUUUGCAACAACACCACGGAAGUCUAUCGAGCUUCCCGAACCAAAUGCCACAGUCGCUUCUUCCAUUCCACCUGUAACACCCAAACGCGCAGAAGGCGGUACAAAGACCCCCGAACCUCUUUCCGCAGCAGAGAAAAGCGCUCACGCAGCCGCGUUUCAGAAUAGGAAAGUAGGAGGAAUAACAGAGACAUAUACAGCAUACGGAGCCACUGAGCUUCUUUACAAAGAAUGCUCUCGACAGGCCGAUUAUUCAAUUCCACAAGCAAAACAAGAUAAUGCAGAGGUACCGAAGACAGAAGACGGAGAGGAUUUAGGGGUUGGUGGGGGCUGGUGGCAUGAUGAAUUGGGAUUAAAACCGACUUUCAGCACUUGGUCCCAAGUAACCAUGCUCCAUAUUUACAUCCUGUCCUCCCGCUUCCGCUGUUUCGAACCAGACGUUUGUCGAAUCUGGCAACAACAUCUCCUCGAUCACUUCUUCUACGAUAUGGAGAAUAAAAUGGCUGUCAGCCACGGUAUGCACGCUCGCGGGACGCGCAAUAAAUACCUGAAAGAUGUAUUCGUCCAAUGGCGCGGCGUGCUCGCCGCUUACGACGAGGGUUUAGCAAAGAACGAUGCCGUGCUCGCUGGUGCCCUAUGGAGAAAUGUGUUCAAAGCAUCAGAAGAUGUUGAUAUCGUCAAACUGGCGAUGAUCGUUAGUUUUAUGAGAAGGACGCUGAACAAAUUGGAUGCCAUGGACGACAUGAUGAUUAUGCAGGCGAAAUUGGAGUUCAGCAGUCCGGAUAUGGAGAAGGAAUUAGUUGCUAAGAAGAGUAAGGCGUUGGAGGAUACGAGACCUACACAGGUGAAGGUUAAGCAGGGUAAGAAGUGA